AUGAAAAGAAAGCAAACAACUUCCAAGUAUCAUUUAAAAUUUAACUUACAAUAGAUCAGCUUAAAUAGCAAAAUCUAUUUAUAAAUAGAGUAAAGUCUCUGAUUCAAGUUCAUCAGAGAGAAGGUUUGGGAAAUUUUGGAAACCCAAUGAGGAUUCUAUAUUAAUAGAAUUGCAGAAUCGGCAUAACGGAAACUGGAAAUUAAUUGCUGAGGGUAUUCCAGGAAGAAAUCUUAGUUAGUGUUAAUAAAGAUGGAAAAGAAUUAACCCAAAUAAAGUAUAUUUGAAUCUAUUUUUUGACUAAACUCCGAAAAUAAUGGACAGAUUUUGAAGAUCAAGAAGUUAUAAGACUAGUUAAUGAGUAUGGUCGUAAUUGGAAAUAGAUUGAAGGAUUUAUGGAUGGUCGUUCAAGUAAAUAGAUAAGAGAAAGGUUCUUAAAUAAUUUGGAUCCUGAAAUAAAUAAGCAAAAAUUCACUUUAUAAGAAGAUCAAAUAAUUUUAGAACAAUAUCGAAUAUAUGGUCCUAAGUGGUGCGAAAUAGCUAAAAUGUUAAAUCGAAGACCAGUACAGUGAGGACCUAUCAUUAGGAAAACUAAGUGAAGAAUCGUUUUUACUCUUAUAUAAAAAGAGUACAUAUGUUAGAGGAAAGAUCGGAUGAUGAUGACAAUAAUCAAUCAAUAGAAUUAGAACAA